GGCUGCGGCGUGGCCAUGAACAGUGGCGGCGGCCUCCCGCCCCCGUCGGCCGCCGCCGCCUCCCCGUCGUCCUCCUCGCUGGCGGCGGCCGUGGCGGCAGUCGCGGUCGCGGCCUCGUCGGGCGUCGGGAGUGUCCCGGGCGGGCCGGCGGCGGCGGUGGCGGCGGCGGCUGCGGCGGGCGUGAAGCUCAAGUACUGCCGCUACUACGCCAAGGACAAGACGUGCUUCUACGGCGAGGAGUGUCAGUUCCUGCACGAGGACCCCGCGGCCUCCGGCGCGGCCCCGGGGCUCGGCCUCCAUAGCAACAGCGUGCCGCUGGCGCUGGCGGCCGCGCCGGGGGCCGGCUUCCCUCCCGGAGCGCUCCCUGGCGGGGGAGCGGGGCCGCCGGCGGGGCCCAAGAAGCCAGAGCUGGGCGUCCCGGGGGCGGCGGCGGUGGUAGCGGCGACGGCGGGCGGCAGCGGCGGGCUCGACGGACCGCGGCUGGCGAUUCCUGGAAUGGAUGGAGGUGCUUUAACUGACUCAAGUCUCACAGAUUCCUAUUUCAGCACCAGCUUUAUUGGAGUCAAUGGAUUUGGAAGCCCUAUAGAAGCAAAGUAUCCCUUGAUGCAGAGAAUGACUAGUAGUAGCAGUUCCCCGAGCCUUCUAAAUGACAGUGCCAAGCCAUACGCAGGCCAUGAUCCUCUGACUUCACCUGCUUCAUCCCUAUUCAAUGACUUCAGUGCCCUCAGCAUCUCCCAGAGGAGGAAGCCAAGGAAGUGUCGCCUGGGGAUGCUGGAGGAGAGGCUAGUUCCGAUGGGAUCAAAGGCACGAAAAGCAAAGAACCCUAUUGGCUGCCUUGCUGACAGGUGUAAAUCAGGAGUCCCCAUCAAUAUGGUUUGGUGGAACAGAGUCACAGAAAGCAAUCUACAGACACCAAAUCCUACUGCAAGCGAAUUUAUACCUAAAGGAGGAUCAACCUCCAGGCUGAGUAACGUGUCCCAGUCAAAUAUGUCUGCCUUCUCUCAAGUGUUCUCUCACCCAUCCGUGGGAAGUCCUGCUACUGCUGGCUUAGCACCAGGAAUGUCACUGUCUGCUGGAUCUUCCCCUCUCCAUUCCCCCAAAAUUACUCCACACACCUCUCCUGCUCCUAGAAGAAGAAGCCACACUCCAAACCCAGCGAGUUUCAUGGUGCCGCCUAGUGCCUCCACUCCUGCCAGUAACCCUGUUCCUCAGACGCCGUCCUCUGGUCAGGUGAUCCAGAAGGAGACUGUUGGGGGGACGACUUACUUCUAUACAGAUACAACUCCAGCACCUUUGACUGGAAUGGUAUUUCCAAACUAUCAUAUUUAUCCUCCAACUGCACCUCAUGUUGCUUACAUGCAACCAAAAGCAAACGCACCUUCCUUCUUCAUGGCUGACGAGCUCCGACAGGAGCUGAUCAACAGACAUUUAAUAACAAUGGCUCAAAUUGAUCAAGCAGAUAUGCCAGCAGUCCCUACAGAAGUUGACAGCUAUCAUAGCCUGUUCCCCCUAGAACCACUGCCACCCCCCAACCGGAUACAGAAGUCAAGUAAUUUUGGGUAUAUCACAUCUUGCUACAAAGCUGUAAAUAGCAAAGAUGACCUGCCAUAUUGCCUUCGGAGGAUACACGGUUUUCGUCUUGUUAACACAAAGUGCAUGGUGUUGGUUGAUAUGUGGAAAAAAAUCCAGCACUCAAAUAUUGUAACCCUGCGGGAAGUGUUUACCACUAAAGCAUUUGCCGAGCCCUCCCUUGUGUUCGCAUAUGACUUCCACGCUGGAGGAGAGACUGUGAUGAGCAGGCACUUUAAUGACCCUAAUGCGGACGCCUACUUCACCAAGAGGAAGUGGGGCCAACACGACGGACCACUGCCCAGACAGCACGCUGGGUUGUUACCAGAGUCUCUCAUUUGGGCAUAUAUUGUCCAGCUGAGCUCUGCCCUGCGCACCAUUCACACAGCAGGCUUGGCAUGUAGAGUAAUGGAUCCAACGAAGAUUCUCAUAACUGGCAAAACGAGGUUACGAGUAAAUUGUGUAGGAGUUUUUGAUGUUUUAACAUUUGAUAACAGUCAAAACAAUAAUCCUUUGGCAUUGAUGGCUCAGUACCAGCAAGCAGACCUGAUGUCACUAGGAAAAGUUGUGCUGGCUUUGGCUUGCAAUUCCGUGGCAGGGAUCCAGCGAGAGAAUUUGCAGAAAGCCAUGGAAUUGGUGACAAUCAACUACUCCUCUGACCUGAAGAACCUCAUCUUGUACUUGUUGACUGACCAAAACAGGAUGCGGAGCGUGAAUGACAUCAUGCCCAUGAUUGGUGCUCGGUUCUAUACUCAAUUGGAUGCUGCUCAAAUGAGGAAUGAUGUCAUCGAGGAAGACCUUGCUAAGGAGGUUCAAAAUGGAAGACUGUUUAGGCUUCUAGCAAAAUUGGGAACAAUCAACGAGAGGCCGGAGUUUCAGAAGGAUCCAACGUGGUCAGAGACUGGAGACCGUUACCUGUUGAAGCUCUUUAGGGAUCAUCUUUUUCACCAGGUGACAGAAGCAGGUGCUCCCUGGAUUGACCUCAGUCACAUCAUUUCUUGUCUUAACAAGCUAGAUGCUGGUGUGCCAGAGAAAAUAAGCCUGAUUUCCAGGGAUGAGAAGAGCGUGCUGGUGGUGACGUACAGCGACCUCAAACGCUGCUUUGAAAAUACCUUUCAAGAACUGAUUGCAGCUGCAAAUGGUCAGUUGUAGUAUUUGCUUCAAGUGUCCACAGGGCAUGGUGAAGGACCGAGCCUAUAGCCAGUUGCACUACAACUGAACCGUCCUCCAUCUCCUGCCACCAGGGACUGAGCAGGAAGGAGUGAAGUGUCCCGCACUCGGGUCAGGUGCACUGUUACUGGAGAGAAAGAUUGUCUCAGUUUGUAUGCACUCUGGCUGCCACAGGCCUCCGAAGAAUUUAUUCAGACUAAGGUCACCUUUUGGUGAAUGAUGCUCCUGCUUCUGUUUUUCCACUUGUGUAUGCACUAAUUUUAAUUUUUAAAAAAGACUUAUUUUCUGCCCUUUGACCUCUUGCCACAUUGUAUACUUAUUAAGGGAACUAUUUGCAAGGACAUUGGGAAGCAAACAGGGCAGCUUUUUGCCACUGAGAGAUGCAGACUUCGCUCUUGGGAUGAGCCAGGUCAGGAGUUCACAGAAGUUCAUGUAACGCACGAUCCUUAUGGAGUGUGAGCUCCGGGUGCUGCCCACCGUCAGCUCGGACUGAGGCUUGUGUUUAAGAACACACAGAGAGAGAUGUCAGUGACUUUGUCGGGUAUGAAUUCCCCUAUUUGUUGAUUUAAUCCUUUUCCAGAUAACGACGGGA